GCAGAGCCAAGCUUAAACAUGAGCUUUGGAGUCGAGCCGAACUCGAGUUCAUCUUUCUAGCUCAAAUUGAGCUCAAGUCCAAACUCGGGCUUCAUGUUUUUUCUAUCGAGUCAAGCCAAAUAUCUAGAUCCAACCCUAUCCACAAGCUUUAAUUAACAAAAAUAAUUUUGAACCUUUUUAAAUUAAAUAAUUUUUAAGGAUAUAAACUUUUUACCUUGUAUUGGGCUUCUCUGUAAUUUUUUGUAUCCUUUGUUAUGUUCAUUAACUAAAGGGUUAAAGGGUUGAUGGUUUCCUCCAUCUCCCCUCCUUAGAGGGGAGGUAGCAUCUCGUGCCUCUCCCUAAAUUGUACUAUCUUUGGCUAUGAUUUAAUAAAUCCUACAAUUCACUGAUCAAAAAAAACAAGGAUAUAAACUUUUUAUCAAUAUUCAAACAUAUAAACUUUAUAAAUUCAUCUAUACAUUUUAUUGUUAGAGAACCAGACUGUGCAUCAACCCAAAAAGGGAGAGAGGUUCACCUGAGGUCAACCCAAAUAAAACAAAGGCCCCAAACCACAAGCCUUCUCAUCCAAACAAGUGGCAACGUACUCUUUCAAGAAAGUACUAGCGGGGACUAAAAAUUAUGCCAAGGUUCAAAUAGGUUUCAACGAGGAAGAGGGAUUUCUUCCAGUCUACAGAUCUAUGGGCAAAAACCUACAAUUGAAUGAUUGAGAAGACAGAAUUUUAGGAUCUGCUUAUAACACUGAAAAUAGUGGUGGAGGAAGGUGGAGGUAAGUAGAUGGAGGACGAGAGAAGGUUCAGAGUAGUAGGAAGGUAGAGGUCUGAGGUGUCGAUCGAAGCCAAGACUUUCAAGUUCGAAGAGGAAAGGAUCAAAGGUGAGGAUGCAAUGAAAAUCAGGGAGAAUAACAGGGCGACUGUGUUGGUGUCAAAGGAGGUCAUUGUCUGGACGAAAGGUUUCAUAGAUGGGGCUAUCAACUCUGGUAAGGUGAAUGGCUGGAAAAACUCAAUGUCAGUUCUAGGUAAGAAAUAUGUAACAGAAUUGAAAAGAAACAGAAAGGGAUGGUUUAUCUCUGUGGUGGAGUUUUUUGGAACAAAUGGAAAGCAAAUGCUAUGUGUGYCGGAAGGGAGAUUACGGAAAGGGUGGAUGGAUUUUGUGAAGGUGCUACAGUCUUUCCUUGUAGCCUUGGAAGUUAAGAGAGUGGAUGGGGUGAAGAGAACUGGUCAAAAAUCCAAAGACCRGGGUCAAAAGGUUCUGGAGGGGGCAGUUUCGAUUAGUUCCUCUGGCAGUGUAGAAGUGCAAGGCCUUCCGACUGAAAUGGUGUUUGCUUGCGCUUCUAUUCAUCGUAGAUUAUUGGUAGGAGCAGGGAAGGAYGAGUGGAAGAAAAGAAGGGUGCUAGUGGCUGAUAAAGGAGUGACAGAUUGGAGGAGGGUUCUGAGUACAGUUGCAGGGGAGAUAGGUAUUGGGAGUGAAGCUAUGCUGUUCCCUUUUGCAGAGACGAAAGCCAUGCUUGAUGUAGGCGACCAGGAACUAAGUUUUAAAGCAGUUGUGGUGGAUGGAGGGCUGAUACAGGUUCAGAACUGGAGCCCAAUCUACAAUGAAGUCAAAGUCCAAGAUGGGUGUGUCCGGCUGAAGCUUGUAGGCCUUCCAUUUCACCUCUGGCAAGACUCUGUUCUUGAGCACAUUGUGCAAAGUCUGGGAGGCAUCUUGGUGAAAGCUGAUAAACGAAAUCUGGGUGCCGUGGAGUUACAGGUAGCUGGUGUAAGGCAUGAGAACCUGCCGAGGUUCUUUGAAAUCUGCUCGGAUGAAACCUGGUACAAGGUGUGGGUGGCUUCUGAAGUUGAACGGUCGUUGUGAAAAGGUGCUCCUAAGGUAGAAGAUGAUGAGCUGGCUGGGUGGUGGACACGUGAAGGGUAGAGGUUGGGAGAUGAAAAGGUGGAGCAGAUGAAAGAUAUUUUUGGGGUUACAGAGUCGGUUGGGGAAAACCAAACGACAAACAACCUAAUUAAGGAAACUAAUUCAAAUGGGUUUGAAUUAAACAAAUUAAUGGCAGGCUCUUCUUCUUAUGCUGAUGUGGCGAAGAGGCAGGAUGGGUUGGGGAGCCGAAAGGUUUGGUCCGAGCCGUUGAAGGUGGCGGGUGGGUCAGGCGGGGUGAAUGUUGAGUCGGGACAGCAUUGGAAGGACCCACGUGACAACUAAAAAGGUCACGCGGGCGGGGGCGGGUGAGUGUAACACCGAAAGGAGGCUCCACUUGAAGGACCCACAUGAUAACUUAAAAUGUCACGUGGGUCGGGGUAUGGGGACUCUUCUUGGGUCGCUGAUAGACGAUGUUAAUGGUCUAUCAUCGUCCCAAGUGGCGAGAAAGGAGGGGGAAUGCGCACAGCGGCGGAAAAUGGAGAACAAGCGGGAUUUGCAGUGGGUUUCCCGACGAAGUCUGGAGGAGCUUAGCCCCCUGCGACGCUCCUCAAAGAGGGCGAAUCCAAGAUACGCUAGGGAAAGAACUGAAGAGAGGGAAGAGAAGGAUGAAGGUUGGCUGCAGUGCAGUGAAGGAGAUGAAGAAUCGGAGGACUUUUCUGUUGAUGGUACUAGCGUGGGCAAUGUAAUCGACGAAGGUAGUUGUGUUGGAGGUGACAUGGAUGGGUGGAAUAUUGCAAGCUUAUUUCAAGGUGAAGAUUGCAAUCGGUUUAACUCUUUCCCAAGACUAUAGAGUGUGCAAGGAUUAUCAGAAGGGGCAAACCGGGAGAACCGGAAGCAGAGCAGGAACACACCAUCUAGGGGUGAACCAGGGGUAGAGUGGAAAGAUCACCAGGAUGACACCAAAGGAUAGAAGUACUUCCCAACCAACUCAGGGAGAUAGAUGGUUACCAACCUCUGGAACAAGAGAGGGAGGCCGGGAGCAGUCCUUUUCUAGCUUGUCCAUCAAUCCCAGGUAACCAAGUGAUUUCAGUUUGUGCUACUAAUGUGUCUCCUGUCUUUGGUUCCAAAUUCCGUUUCUGUUCCAUGUCUUGUAGCCCAUGAAUAUGCAGCCGAGCUAGUAGGCGGGCUCUCCGAGGAGGGGGAGAGGGGAAGGAAGGAAAGUGGAAAGGUGUGGGAAGGAAGGUAUAGGAGUGAAAAAGUGUGGGAAAUCAUUGAAAGAGUGUUUAAAGAAGUGGAAGGAAAGUUAAUCUAGAGGAGGGAAGGGGAGGAAGGAAGAGGAGAGGGGUUAUUGGAGAGGAGGGAAAGGAAUGAGGGUAGAGAUGGAGAGGAUUACGGGGAGAGAAUAGGGAAGGAGGGAGGUAACAGGAGAGGGAGGAUGGAUGGAGAGGAAAGAACAGAGGUAGGACCAGAGGAGAGGAAGAAAGGGUAGGUGGACAGAGAUGGAGGGGAUUCUGUAGGAAGGGUAGGGGUGGAGGACUCGGUGUGAGAAAACAUGAUAGCAGAAUUUGUAGGGAAGUUGGGUUGUAGGUUGGAAGAUUUGAACGUGUUGAAAGAAAGCUUACAGAACAGGAAGAAGGAGAUCAGAACAAAGAAGAGGAGAUUGAGUGAAGUAGAGAGAUUGAAGAGAGAUGUAGAAGGAGACAAGAAGUUAGGGGUAAAAGGAGAUAGAAGGAAAGGGGGAAAGUAGUGGGUAGGUGGCAAGGGGUUUAAAAAAGAAGCGGAAUGAAGAUUCUUAGUUGGAAUGUGAGGGGAAUUGGGAGUGCAAGGAAGAGAGCGACAAUAAAAGAGGUAAUAAGACGGUAUGACCCAGACAUUGUGUUGUUGCAAGAGUCUAA